CGCAAGGUUGAUAUUGGGGGCUAUAUAGGCAGGUCUGACGUCCGUAUCUAUCGGCCUCACGACCACAUUAACUUUUUCAAUCCGGAACAUGGCAACCUCGGAAAGCCAAAACUCCAGAAUCUCCUUUGAUGAGGAUGACCAGCGUCCAUAUGUGAGUACUUACGUCAACAAACCCGACUUUCAUGUGGGAGACAAAGUGUAUCUUCUCAUUGGGGGUGCUCGCGGAGGGCCUUACGUUGUCGCAUCUGUCAACUCGGGAAAAUAUACACUAAGUCUUGAAAACGGCGAGGCUGUGAGGAAUGGCGAGGAGAUAGAGGUCGAUUAUCUGGAGGCUGCUUAGGGCUGUGUUCGUGUGUGUGUCACCCGAAAUACAGUGCGAUGAUCAGUGAGCUGGUUGCUCUGGGAUGUCAAUGUAACUCGCCUCAAUUCAAGCCUUAUUGUUCCCCUAA